AUGCAGAUUGCCCAACCGCCCAGUCAGCACGAGGCCCCGGCCUGCAUCCAAGCUUUCUCCUUCUGCCCUCCAUUGCUGUCGCCGCCCAAAGCCCCUCGCGCUCUAUUGUCCGCGAAGAACGUAUCCCCGAUCCUACAACUGCCUCGGCUUUUGGCUAUGCACAGGCAAAAUGGGUCAGUGAGCAGAUACUUCUUGAUAGCAUUCAACGCUCGCGCCCUCCCGUCAGAUCCGCUCGUUGGCGCGCUUCCUGCCCUGGAUGGAACGUACUUUUGGAUUCCCGUCGGUGUUGCCGCGCAGGCCAUUCUUGACAUCCUGUUCACUUCUGGCGACGGUGAGUCGAAAACAGACGAGAACAUCUACCACGUCGAGAACCCCAUCUGUCAACCGUGGAAACCAUUCUUGACGGCUCUUGCCACGCAGCUAGAUCUGAGGAGCACGGACGAAGACCAGGAAGACUUUGGCCAGCUGAAGCCCUUCCUUGAGAGUGAGUUUCGCAAUCUGGCAAGUGGAGGCGUUAUUUUGAACACCACGCAGGCGCGCAAAGUGUCUCGCGCCUUGCGGGCCUGUAAUGGGGUUGGGCUGGGCUUGGUGAAUCGCUACUUGCAAUAUUGGAGGGCAGUUGGGGUUCUGGCAUGA